AAAUCAGUUAUCAGCGUGCACUAGAGAGCUCCUUUCAUGAGAGCUCAAAACAAAGAAAGCAAAGAACUAGAGAAAGACUGCAGAGCUCCAAAACAAUCAGCACACAGUCAGGUUUAGUAGGUUUUAACCUACAGGGAGUUGGCUUUGGUUUAGUUAAAAUAUAAUAUAAAGUUUCACAAACCAAGAAUGUUCUGGACAUCACGAGCCGGAUGUUUCCUGAUUUACCUUAAAACGUUACUCAGAUGUGGAGUUUCUCAAGCCUGAAAACGUUUGAGCACAUUUUUGUUUCGCCCUUAAAUUUUGGUAAAAAUGCCAAUAUUUAUAACCUCCGCAGCUGAUUUCUCACCUCAACCUGUCAGAAGUGGAUUUAGUGAUAGUGGAAAAUUUUUUGAUCAACUUCAUCAGUUAUGUUGUUGAAUGGUUGGUCUUAUGUUUGGAAAAGAUGUUUCACAGUUCCACCUCACAGCACCAACAUCGUUCCCUACUCGCUGCCCCAUGUUUCCAGUUCUCUGUGUUCCUAUUGGUCAGGACCUGACCAAACACGCUGUGGAGGUCAGAAAGCACUCGUCUUUCUGUCAGUGUAGCGUCUGUUUCACCCAUUGUCCCCCAACCCGUUGCCCUACGUCUGCCGGGUCGGGCUGGUGUGCAGUCUGACCCGGCACCAGCAGCUUGUUGUGACCGUGUCUUUAGUUCCGAUCCGUGUCUCUAGGUGACGAUCAGGACCUAUGGGAAGAUCAGGCCUGCGAUGACAUCAGCAGGGAGCCGGCUGCUCCAGAGCCCCUCCUCCCUCAUCCAGCCAAUCAACAUCAAGACAGAGCAGCAGAAGUCUCCGACCCAGAGGAGUCCGGUUCUCUCCAAGUCCCCUCGAUCACCAACCAAGAGGCCGGUCAGCCGAAGAGUCCACGUCAGCAGGAGUUCAUCGUGUGACGGAGAACGCUUGGUGUGUUUGGAGUGUGGAACAGACGCCUCCGACUUCUCGGCUCACUACCCGACUCACGUCCACUGUCUGCUGUGUCCAUACAGCAGCUGCUGCUCCAGAGCCUACGCUGCCCACAUGAUCCAUCAUCACGUACCGCCAGCCAAAGACAAAGCUGUUCCUCUGCACAGACUUCCUCCUCCAUGUGUGUUCCUGCUGCAGUGCUCUCAGUGCCACUUCAGGCCUCAGGCUGCAGAUCAGAUGGCCGAUCACCUGCUGAGGAAUCCGGAGCACUACAGCGCCACCUGCUGCUCCAGGACCUACAUUGAACCUGAUAUCCAGUUCUGCCACAGUGAAGACCAGCGCUCUUCAGAAGAGAGGGAACUAGUUCAGAACAAGGACUUGCCUAAUCCAUCGUGGAGGUCAGCAGGUUGUUGGAAACAACCGACAGAGAGCGACAGCGCAAAGUCCACCAUCAUCUCGUUUGUGCAGAGCAGUGGACCUCGUCACUGCCUGCCAAAGAACAGCGACGCCAUCGACUUCUUCAACCUGCUUUUCCCUGCAGCACUCGUGGAGCUGAUCACCAAUGAGACCAAUGCCCACGUCAAGACCUGUCAGUUCCUUGGCUCCAGCUACCCAGACUGGGUCCCCGUCACCACCCAUGAGGUCAAAGGUUUCAUCGGCCUGGUGAUUCUGAUGGGUAUCCAGAACCUUCCUGACCUUUCGCACUACUGGUCCUGGAGUCACUACGACAACAGCUAUACCUUCUACCGCGCCAUGAGCUUCAAACGUUUCAAGCAGAUCGCUGCCAACCUCCGCAUGGGCAGCUUCGCCACAGACGAGUAUCGUGGUGCCAGCAACCCCAGCGACUCGCUGCACAUCUUCAGGCCGAUGUUGGACAUCCUGGGUGGAGCGAUGUGGAACACCUACCGGCCCAACUGCUGCCUGACCAUCGACAGGGCACUGCUGCCCAGCCUGGAGGAGGAGAGCUGCCACUCCAAGGGGAACCCAAGAACCCAGCCUCAGGUGUGGCUUCUCUGUGACUCAAAGUCUGGCUACUGCCACCGCUUCUUUAUCCAGGUAGGUGAGAAGGUGGGCCAGGAGCCGGGCUUCACCGUGGUGCCGGAGCUGGUGAAGGGUCUGGAAGACAAACACCAUCAACUUUACCUGGCCAGUUCGCUUACGUCCGUCCCUCUAAUGCAGAAGCUUCUGGACCAGGGCAUCUACGCCUCCAGCUCCUUCCCUCCACCCAACCCCAUCCUGCCCAGAGAGCUGUGGGCGGAGGGCUUGCUGGAGAAACCCGGAGAUUUCCUGCAGAGGCAGUUUGGACCCUUGCUGGCCACCCGCUGGAGGGACACCAAGGAGAUGGGCUGCCUGUCGACUAAUGCAGCUCCUGGUGAGAGGGACACUGUUUGGAGGAGGUCUCAGACCAAAGUGGGUGGACUGGACCCCAUCGACCGUCCCAUGUCCUUCUGCCUCCUGCAGGAGAACAUGCGAGGAGUUGACAUUUGCAAGCAGCUUCUAGCCUGCAACCCGCUGGGAGGAAUCCCCCAGGACCGACACUGGCGCAGCCUGUUCUGGUUUCUGGUCAACCUGAGCAUCGUCAACGCCUUCAUCGUGCUGCGGGAGAGCCGCAAAGAGAACCCACCCGCCUGGGUGCAAGAUGGCCUUUUUACUCAGGUCAACUUCCGCAAACGUUUGGGCAACCAGUUGGCCAAAUGUGCCCAGAAGUACUUUGAGACCAUGGAGAUCGCCAGCUCCCGUGGGAUGAGGGUGGAGGUGGCAGAUGAACCAGUUAAACAGAGACACAGGAUGGUGAAGAUCAGUGGCAUCUCCAAGAGGUGCAAGAACUGCAACUUGAAGAACAUCCGCCAUGAGAGUGUGUACGGCUGCGCCGUCUGUAAGGCGAACCUGUGCAAACAGCCCACCUGCUUCUGGGAGUUUCACGGCCUGUCACCUUUAAACAAAGGAUCAACAAAGGUUGGAUUUCUCAAGGACAGAAUAAGCGGAGCAGUCGAGGUGAACGAGGUUGAGGACAACGUGGACGGGGCGAUGGCUCCUGUGGAAGACAUGGACUUUUCUGACGAUGAGAGACUGGAUGAUCUGGAUGACGUUGAUGAAGAAACGGAUGAUAUUAAGGAAGAAUUUAUCAAAGAUGUAAAACGUCCAAUGUCUCACAUGCCAUCAACAGCGAACAGCCACGCCCAACCAGUAGCCCUGUCUGUCUCGAGAGAACGUGAUGAUUUCCUCAGCGCCCGUCAGCUGAGGAUCGCCCUGUUCGCUCUGUGUGAUGGGCUCCACCAAGCCUCAAGGGUCUUCUCAACUGAGACACAGCUCAUCCGGUCCUGGCUGAAGGAGGCCAGGAAGCGUUUGAAGCAAACAGAGCUGGAACAGAAGGUCCAUGAUGAUGGCGGGGAGCGCAUGGUGGCCUGGGUGCUGUCCAUGCGUGAGCAGCAACUUCCGAUCACAGAGAGCAACCUCUUCCACAAAGCCUCCACGCUGAAGAAGAAGGGAGGUUUCAGUGACUCCUUUCGCAUCUCCUACGACUGGGCGGUGAACUUCAUGCUGCAGCAUCGGCUGGGCGUUCGAAGCAUCGGCAGGGCGGCCACGCUGGCUCGCGCCCUGCCCCUUUCCCUUGAGGCCAAGGUCAAGUCCUUCAGGGACUUUACCCAGAAGCUCAUCGGGGUCAAAAAGCUGUCGGAAAGCACUGUAGCUGCAAUGGACGAGCUCUGUCUAUUUGUGGAUUUGAGGUUAGUCCAGGACAAGUCUCGCCGCCUAGAGGCCCUGGAACUCACUGGGUCUUUACCUCUGGUCACUGUGUACCUGACGGUAUUGGCCGAUGGUACCAUGCUGCCGUCCCUGGUACUGGCCAACCGGCAGCUGGCUAAGAAAGACCUGCCGGAGUUCAUCCUGCUGGAGGCCGGCCCAGAGAGUCUGCUGGUAGAAGAAGCCUUGGAUCUUUGGACUAACAAGGUUUGGCUGCAGCAUGUGGCCGGUCCAUCCCAGCCCUGUAAAUCAUUGCUGAUCCUGGACAGACACCGGGAACACAUGGGAGAUUUGUUCCUUACCUCCAUCAGUGGAUCGGGGACCCUACCAGCAGUGAUUCCUGGAGGCUGCUCCUUCCGUCUUCAACCCCUGGAGAUUUGUGUGAAGCCGGUUCUGCAGCGCUUCCUGCUGUCACGCUGGGCCGAGUUCACAGCUGGAAACCCGAAGGAGCUGGAGGAAAUGUCACCCCAACUGCUCCAAGCUAGUGUCGCCCAGCUGCUAGUUGACUGGGUGGUCGAGGCCCUGACGCACCUGAACCAACUCCCAGAGCUUUGGAAGAAGUCUUUCCACCUGACGGGCCUUCUGCCCGAGCGAAAGGAGGAGGUGGAGAAGACAACGAGUCAGAAACCAGAGGAGAUCCAGUCGGACCUCCUCAAGAGCCUGACAGAGACCCUGCUGGGGGCCGAAGCUUUGGAGGCUGAUUCUCCUGAGCUGCUGGAGCUGGAAGACACAGAGGAGGAACAAGAAGGAGGAGAAGGACAGGAGACAUCAGAUGAGAGACAGGAGGGCAAAGAAGGGAAGGAGGUGAAAGAAGAUAGGGAAGAGAUAGGGACAGAGAUGAGGGAGGACAAGGAGAUGGAGGAGGGAAGGAAGGAAACAAGGGAGGAAGGUAGGCCAGAGGAAACUGAAGAGGAAGGAAUGGACACAAUCGAAGGUAGGGAAGACAGGAAGGAGACAAAUAGGGACAGGAAAGACGAGGUUAAGCAGCUAGAGGAGGAUAGUGAGGAGGAAGGAAAGGUGACCGUUGAGGACAGGAAGGAGGUGAGCAAGGAGAGACGAGAGACCAGGAUAGUGAUAGGAGAGGAAGUCGGCGAUGAGUGGAAGAUAACGGUGAAGAGCAGGACCGAAGGCAUGGAGGCGGACAGGGAGGACGACGACAGGAUGGACCAAAGCUGAACAGACGGUGAAGACGUGGAUAAAGGUCCGCACCCCGAAAACACCUGACUGAGGCGGGACAGGAAGUAGAAACCAGCCCAGCCUAGAGUCAGAGACUAACACCUGUCAGUCAGAUGUGCUGUCCUGUUUGUACUCUCUGAUCCAGUCCAGAAACCGUGGACCAGAAUCCUGAAGAGGAAACGGAGACAUUCAGAGUCGGCCCUCAGACUGAGAGUUGAAGCUCAGUGAACGUGUAAAAUCUGUACAGGUUUUGUAUUCGUAGAGAUAAGUUUUCUUUUCACGCUUGUUCGGAUUUUUCAGACUGAGUCAGGAACUCACAGCGAGAUGUAAAAGCCCUGAUGGACCCGCUGAGUUACAGAGGCGGGGUUCGCUUCUGUUUUCUGCCUGAACGAACUUUGGAGACAUCAUGUUUCUGUCAAUCAUGUUGGAUGAAGUCUGGACAAAGACGUCUCUGAAGAGUCUUGUGGUGUUUCUGCCUCUCCAGAUCGGCCAGUCAGCUUCCACCAACAGCCAGGGGUUUCCCACGACUGCUAAAGAGAUCUAGAAGGGAAACAUUCUCCGGUCUUCGAUGUAAAACCGCUGAGUUACGGAGGCAGCGUUCGGUUCGAAUGAAGGAGUUGGUUAUGGGUCCGUUUGAGCUCAGUGCAGAUAAGUGUGAUAGUAGUUGUGCGCAGCGCUCAGCAGUCAUUUUCUUACCAGGACAUAAAACGGAAAACUGAGUUUGUUGACAUUUUUAUUUGACUCAUUGUUUUCAGAAAGCUGCAGAUAGAUUUUCUUCGAUCAUUUAAUUGACUAAUAAAACAUGCAGAGUGUUGUGUGAGUCCUGGAAGCUGAUUGGCUGGUCUGGAUCGGUACAGGAGUUCAUCCUGUCAUGUGACCCGGACCUGAACAGACGAUGCCGAAUGAUGGAGGUGUUUCCUGUUUAUGUUUAUUUCUCUGCAAAUCAUGUUUGAUUGGAUGUUUUUUGUGUCCAUCAGGUAAAUGGUGAUCAUGAUGUUUGGUUUGUCUGUUCAGUCGGAUCCUGACUGCAGGUGUUGUUGUCUUGGUGCUGAUGUACAGAAAACUGUAGACGCUCUUCCUCCUAAAUAAAAGACAAAACAUCUUCA